AUGAAGAGGAUAGCUACUCAAUCAAUAUCUCAAAAUGAUGAGCAAGAGAUUAAUCAAAAAAAGUCAAGACAAGGCAGAAGAAAUGAUAAACAAUUAACUUUUAUGGUAGACUACAUGGUACAACACCCUCAUGUCGCCACUGGUAAAUUUAGAACAAUUAACGGAAAAAAUGACCUCGAAGGCUCGUGGGAUGAGUUGGUGCAACACCUUAAUAACCUUCGGAAUCCUGGUGUAAAAGAAAAAAAUACAAAAUCCUGGAAAGAGUCUUGGAGAGAUUUGAAGACCAAGGUCUCAAAAAAGGCAUCAGUGUUAAGGAACUCAAGAAGACAGACCGGAAAUAAACAUAUUCAAUUCAACGAAUUGACUGAGAUGGACAAUAAAGUUUUAGGUAUAGUAGGGUUUGAUUAUGUUGAGGGGACGACAUGCCCAGAUUCAUGGCCAGAAGAACUGGAUAAUGAUGUUGAACAGUUGGCAAACGGUGAUAUUAGAUAUUGA